AUGCAUUGGAUGGGAAAUUUUUCGGUUCGGCGUCUUCUCGCCACGCUAUUACUGUCUCAUGUGGUAUAUGCUAUUGAUUUUGAUGUCAGCGAUGAGCAAUCCAUCAAAGAUGCGGCGAGUACUUCGACUUACUCGAUGAUGACCUGGUACUACGGCAACGAAACCGGUCAGAUUCCUGGAGCAUUUCCCGACAAAUGGUGGGAGGGAUCUGCUCUCUUUCUUGCACUCCUGCAAUACUGGCACUUCACCGGCGAUACUACCUACAACUCCGAGCUUAGCAUCGGGUUACAAUGGCAAUCAGGCGAUGACGGAGACUACAUGCCAAGUAAUUACAGUUCUUACUUGGGCAAUGACGACCAAAUGUUUUGGGGUCUUGCGGCGAUGACCGCUACCGAAUACGCGUUCCCAGACCGUUCAACUGGAUUCAGUUGGCUUUCGCUCGCACAGGGUGUGUUUAACACCCAGAUAAAAAGAUGGGAUACAACCUCGUGUGGGGGUGGCUUGCGCUGGCAAAUUUGGCCAUACCAGAGUGGCUAUGGAAUGAAGAAUUCUAUCUCCAAUGGUGGCUUAUUCCAACUAUCUGCACGCCUAGCCCGGUAUACGGGAGAUGCGAUCUAUCUUCAGUGGGCUAACAAAAUUUGGGACUGGUCGGUCUCAUCCCCUCUACUGAGUAACACGACGUGGAAUGUCGCCGACUCUACGAACGUCGACAAUGAUUGUGCAACCCAGGGAAAUGCCCAAUGGACCUACAAUUACGGCACAUUUCUCAUGGGAGCGGCUUAUAUGUAUAAUCAGACAAACGGAACCACACAAGACCAGUGGCUUACUGCGGUCAAUGGACUUUUGAACAAAACCUUCGACACAUUCUUCCUGACGGGGAAUGUUAUCGAGGAUUUCAACUGCGAGCCUUCGGAGACCUGCAACGACAAUGAGAUUUUGUUCAAAGGACUCACUUCCUCAUGGCUAGCCUUGACUGCUGUAUUAGUCCCAUCGACAUUUGACACGGUUCUAGCAAAGCUGCAAACCUCCGGUGCAGCCGCUGCUGCAUCCUGCACUGGCCAUAAUAACGGCACCUGCGGUGUCAGGUGGUAUAAAUCAGAAUAUGAUGGUUGGCUUGGAAUGGAAGAAGAGAUCAGCGCCACAAACGUAUUUCUAGCCAACAUGAUUAAUUUCAACACUCAAGCACCAGUCACUUCGACAACUGGUGGAAACAGCACCAGUAAUCCUACGGCAGGCGAAGAUGAUAGCGAUGCGACAAGUGGAAAGCAAACAGUCAUUACAACGGGUGAUCGAGCAGGUGCUGGUAUACUUACUGCUGUAUUUAUAGCUGGCUGGAUUGGCCUGAUGGGCUUCAUGUUAAUCGGUGGCUGA